AUGAAAAUCCAUCUUUUUGUACCCCUAGACAAACAAGAUUUCUCAUUCAUUUUAUUAUACCCACAAACAACCAAGAUGCCAGUAUCAUUGCCUCUGAGAUUCAACGCAGGCCAGGUUUCAUUUAACGAAGCAUUACAAAAGUACAUACCUUUGCCGACACCGGGUGAAAUCAUUGUGGAUAAUAGUCCCGAGGGCGACGGGUGCUACUCCUUCGUGUGGAGGCCACGUGAUAGUACGUCCGCUGAAACUGAGGAAUUGCUAGUCUUCCAGGGAGACGUGGUUUGGCAGAAAAUCAACUCUUGCACCUCUGGUAGGGUUUACAUGCUUGCCUUUCUCAGUUCGGGUGCCAAACAUCUCUACUGGAUGCAAGACGUGAAUGAUGAAGGCGCCAUGGAAGAUGGCGAUCCUCUUUCUGCGGAUUCAAAGAAAGACCUAGAGAUUGCCUCUCAGAUGAGGGAGGUCCUCUGCGAAUAG